CUGCCGGCACGUGCGCAGAAGAAGAAGAAAGCGGAAGUGACCUCGUUUUAUAAUCGAAAAACUCGUUUGCCACGGUUUUUAAGUCUAUUGGAAAGUGUUCAGUUCCUCAACGUGAAGUCUGCGAAUAAGCGGACAUGGAGGACUCGCUCAUUCGAGUUGGGAUCCCUCGGGACCUGGUGAAGGUUCUCGGUGUGGAGUCCCAGGGCGACUCUAAAGCCGGGGCCUUCACCCGGGCCUUCCUCAACAGCCACAUGCGGCAGGACUCUAGAUUGGACCCCAGGACGCUGCUCACUCACAAAGCGGUGAUUCUGGACUUCUGCCGGCCCAAGAAGGACAAGUCCAAGAGGAAGAGCAAGAGAGCCAAAGGACUGAACGCUCGGCAGAAGAGGGCGAUGAAGGUCUUCCACCUCAAGCCUGAGCACCAGAGAUACGAGCUUUUCCUGCCCCUGCAUGAGCUGUGGAGACAGUACGUCAUCGACCUGUGCAAUGGACUGACACCAACGUGCAGUCCGCAGUUUGUGCAGCAGAAGCUUCUGAAGGCAGAUUUCCACGGUGCCAUCCUCACAGUGGUCCGCUCUAAAUGCCCAUCGUACGUCGGCGCCACAGGGAUUCUCGUCCAAGAGUUCAAGCACAUCUUCAAAAUCAUCACCAAAGAAGACAAGCUGAAAGUGAUCCCGAAGAGGAACAGCGUGUUCGCGGUGGAGAUCAACGGCUUCGUCUCGCACAUCUAUGGCAGCAAGUUCGAGCACCGAGCCAGCGAGCGCUCGGCCAAGAAGUUCAAAGCGAGAGGAACCAUCGACCUGUGAGGCGUCGCCACAUGUGACCAACGUGUGGCAGAUCCAUGCAGGUCAUCUCCUGCCCUCUAAAUCCACAUCUGGAGGAACAUUGUUCUGUUCUGUUGACACCAAAGACUUGGUGACAACUAGGUGGCGCUUUAUUAUGAAGGCGAAAAGGUUUACCUGUCAUGGGGAGCGCUGUUCACACAGUGAACUUGUGUUGUGUCCUCUGUGUGAGCAGCUCUGUCCACUCAGAGGACAAACCUCGGGAUUCUAUCAGGAACCUGAGCUGUACGUGAGGCGAUCACCUCAGGAGGGGACGUCUCACUCUGUUGUACAGGGGUGUUACGGAGUGGACACGUUAACCUCACAGCAGGCUACUCUAGUCCCGCUUCCUGUUGUAUUUAUUGUUGUUGUUUUGAGAUGCACACUUUUUGAUCUUUUUAGAUUAUAACAUCUCAGGCCUUUGCACGGCUGCUUCAUGUUGUUGGGAUAAAAAAAUGAAAUGCAAGUGUGUGAUACUUUUAUUUGCAUUUGUUUAUUAACAUUUUAAUAGAAAUAAACAUGAAUAUUCUUCAAAUAAAAGUCUCUCCACAACUUGUCAACUCUUAAGCGUCAAACAGCUGUUACUGUUAACGCAGCUCUCAUGCGCUGCCCUGAUUAAACUUAAAGCCUCUCUGUUGCUCUC